AUGUCGCCCGGUGGACUCAUCGACCGCCUCCAGGCCUCCAUCCAGCAGAAGAUUGAGCUCUUCCGCCUCGAGCAGCGCUACACCCGCCGUCGCAACCGUCGCUCCACCUUCCAGUCGAGUGCCGUCUAUGUUGAUGGCGAGUAUGUCUACCAGACCCCCAACUCGACUGGCUCCUCCACUUCCACCUCCGACUCGGGCCGCAUCAAUGCCCUUCACACCGCCGAGCCCGCUGGCGCCCCCGUCACCUCUACGCCUCUCAAGGAGAAGAGGUUGAGCCGGCGCAUCUCCAGCCUUGCGGGCUUCAACUCCGUUGGCAAGGCCCAGGGCGCGAGGCAAGACUGGGGCACCAGCGUCAGUGUUGCUGAGGUUCAGCAGCGGUAG